CGCAGCUCCCGGCGAGUAUCGACGCCUCCAGACGGCUUUCGACGGCUCCUCACCUGCAACAACCCGGAAUAACCCUCCUCUCCUCUCCCACACAAACCUACCAGUGGAAACCAGUCGACACGUUUAAGAGCAGGAAGAACAUGUAGUAAAGAUACUGUGAGCUGGGAAAGUCACUUCAGAAACCGUCAACAGGCGCUUGAAUGUAACUCAGAGUCAGGCAGUUAAAAGAUUUAUAUUACUUUCUUAAUUAUAUCAAGAUGCAGCCUUAAACAGACGGCACUCAUCUACAAGGUGGAAAUUAAUUCAGUCCAGCUUCAGUCCGCCUCAGACAUGGAGAAGUGGAAUCUUUAAGCAGCAGGACGAGAUGGGGAAAUGGGAGCUGACCAUGAACCCGGUGCAGGAGUGGGGCGAGGAGACGGAGAACGGCGUGGUGUAUGGAGUCACGCUGCGCAGGGAGCCCGUCCCCUCCUCGCCCGGCGCCGGCGAGACCAGCCCGUGCUCGGCCUUCGUGCAGUACCGGACCUGUAAGGUGCGGCGGCUCAAGGCCGCCCCGCUGGAGCUGCUGGUGAACCAUCUCCUGGACGGAGGCAGCCAGGACCCAGACUACGGCAGGAUCCUCCUCUCCACCUACAGAACCUUCACCAGCACCACCACGCUCAUAGAGCUGCUCUUCCAGAGAGACUGUGCUUCUUCAGAUCUGGACAACACUGAUUACCACGGCAGCCCUCUGCUGGCCUUCAUCCAGGCAUGGUUGGACGACUACAGCGAGGACUUCAGGGACGCGCCGCUGCAUCCAGCGCUCCGGCUGCUGCUGGACCACCUGACCAUCAGCUCCGCCGUGCACGGCGGCAUGCGCACUCAGCCCAACUUCUGCUCGCUGGCCGGCCAGGCCGAGCAGCUGCUCAGGAGCUUUGAGCAACAAGAAGUGACAUCACACGUGGGCUCUGCCACGGCCGAUCAAGACGACGAGGUGGACGAAGACUCGGGGUGUGAAAGCUCCCCGGAUCCAGCCGGCAUCAUGGACUUCUCUGUGGGAGCCAUCGCCGAGCAGCUCACUCAGUCCGACUCCGCUCUGUUCGUAGGAGUGGUGCUCUACCAGUGUCUGGGCUGCGUCUGGUCUCAGAGGGACAAGAAGGAGAACAUGUCCCCCACCAUCCGGGCCACCAUCGCUCAGUUCAACGCCGUCACCAACCAGGUGAUCACGUCGCUGCUCUGCCGGCCGGGAGACUCCAGCCGCUCCUCCCCCCGCCUGUCCGCCUCCUCGCCACCGCAGAGGGCACGCAUCAUCGAGAAGUGGAUCAAGGUCGCGCAGGAAUGCCGUCGGCUGAAGAACUUCUCCUCCGUCAAGGCCAUCCUGUCGGGCCUGCAGUCCAACGCCGUGUACCGGCUGAGGAAGACCUGGGCCGCCGUCAGCAGGGACAGCAUGGUGGCAUUUGAUAACCUCUGGGAGACCUUCCCCGACGAGAACUGUGUCCUGACCGUCCGGGAGCUCCUGGCAGAGGAUGCAGGCCAGGCGACUGUGGAUAACGUUUCUCCCAAGAUGUCCAAGAAGUGUCCGCUCCCCAGACAGAUGAGCACCAACGGAGGAGUCGUGCCCUACCUGGGCACCUACCUGACCGUGCUCACCAUGCUGGACACCGCCCUGCCCGACACCGUGGAGGGUGGACUCAUAAACUUUGAGAAGAGGCGAAGGGAAUUCGAUGUUCUGUCCCAGAUCCGCCUGCUGCAGGCGUCCUGUUCCCAGUACGCCCUCCCAGAGCACCCCAGAGUUGCUGCCUGGCUGCGCGGACACAAGCUGCUCACUGAUCAGGAGAGCUACGACCUGUCGAGACAGCUGGAGCCUCCGGUGGACUUGUGCUCGCCGCCGUCCUGGAGCCACCGCACGCUCAGCAAGAAGCUCUCCUUUCUCCUGGCUGUCGGCGACGGAUCCAAGAAAGUUCCCGCCGACCAGAUCAGCGUUUCCUCCUCUGGGUCCAGUGGUUCUGAGAUGGAGGACCUGUCGUCCCCGAGCUCGGCCUGCUCCAUCAGACUGCAGUCCUUCCACAGCUCCUGCAACAACGUGUCCGAGGCCUUCUCGUCCUCCUCCUCCUCCCUGUCCUCCUCAGCCUCCCCCUGCUCAUCAGCACUGUCCUCCAUGGACUCUCCCACUCCCUCCCACUCGUCCGGCGACAGCGGCGCUGACGUCUGCGCCCCGGACGACUGCGUCACGCCUUCGUCCGGCGCCGGCGUGGUAGACGACUGCACCACGCCCCCCUCCGCCGGUGCCGCGCGGGCCAAGCCGCCUCACCUCUCCCAGCACAAGCGCUCCGUGUCCAUGACCUCCCUGCCCGUCUACAACCGGCAGGUGGCGGAUUCCUGCAUCGUCCGGGUCAGCGUGGAGUCCAGCCAGAGCAACGGCAACAUGUACAAAAGCAUCCUGUUGACCAGCCAGGACAAAACAGCUCAGGUGAUCCAGAGAGCUCUGGAGAAGCAUCAGCUGGAGCACAUGAGCUGGCAGGACUUCAGCCUGACGCAGCUCAUCUCGCAGGAGAGAGAGUUGCUCAUCCCCAACAAGGCCAACGUCUUCUACGCCAUGUGCACCACGGCAAACUUUGAUUUUGUCCUGCGUCAGUACCACAAAGGUCAGAGCAAAGUCCUGAGACCCACUUCUAGUCUCGGGCGGUUUACAAAGUAAGCUCUCAACGCUCUGCAGGCGGAUCAUCAGUAUCAUCGUGGGAGGCUCCGGGGCGAAACUGGUCUCUUGACUUUUGCUUUCUGGGAAAAGAAACUCAUCCUUUUUCUUUUAGUUUUUAAAUACCAAAAGGGAUGCAAACAGACUUGUUAUGGAGACAACAAGGUAACACAAAAGCACUUUAUGACAGAAAAUGGAGCUCAACAAAACCCCGGAUCAGGUGGACUCCCUGAUGGAAUGAACUGAGUUUGAAUCUCGCCGUAUUAGUGACUGAUUCAGUAGAGACUGCUAGUUGUCACAAAAGCACAUGGAGAAAUGCAACCUGCCGCCACGCCCUGUAUCCCGUAGCUUCCCUCUCCUGACAGGUGCCAUUUGGAGGGAAAAAAGACUAAGACUGUUUUUAAAAAGGGCUGGUUGCUGCGUGAGGGCGUGAGGGAUGGGCGGGGACGAGCUCGCGUGAUCGUCGCAGCUCCGGCCUCCAAACGUCGCCUGGAGCUCCGAACGUCGCCUUGACUCGAAGGGCGGCAUUCCUGAUGCCGCCGCGUGACAUCAGCGGCGGAGACGCCGUCGGAACAGCGGGGCGUGUAAAUAACACGAAUAAGGACGUUUGUGUUUCAGUGUUAGACCCCCUGUUUUGUAAAGAGCUCAGAUUUUGUAUUGUUUUGUAUUUAUUUCACUUUGCUCCACUGUGAUUCGUAUGAAAAUGCACCUUCUUUAUUUUUUAAUUCAAUGAACACACCUUGAUGACUCAAAGUUAUCUUAUCUGCAGGGAAAACGCUUAAAAAAAAACAACUAAACACAAAAAAAAAAUCAACUCACUCACUGUGUUGUGAAGCAUCUAACGUCAAUGUUGUUUUAAAUGUUUUAGAGAUUUCAUUAUUUAUCGUGAAUACUAAGAGUAUGUUUGAAAUGUGUGUCUGUGAUAGUUGCUUGUCUACUUUAUUCGCAUUAAACACUUUAGGCCUGGAUGUAGCCGGAGCAGCGUGAUUGAAAUACCACUUUGUUAUCCACGUACGUGAAAUCAUUUCAGUGACGUCAGCCCACGACAAGAAUCAGGUGAAACGGGAGAUGAGGAUCGUGUUUUUCUCACAGUUCAGAGCUCUGGGGGGGGAGGAUCUGAGAAGGGGAAGUGUUUCGUGUGCGCACACUUUGGUAAAUCACAGGUUUUAUUGCUGCCGAUGUUCUCCUGGAGGGCAGCAGUGCUGUUGAGUUUCCCUGACCUCCUCUUCCCUCAGACGCUUCUCAAAGCCGGGCUUGUCCACGACUCUCUCCUUCUCCUGCAGUUGAUGUCUGAAAACAAAGGGUUUUUCUUUUUGCAUAAAAGCUGCUAUCUGUUCUCUCUGUUAAUUACUGAAACUGUCACAGUUGUAAAGAAAAAGGAACAAACUGUAAUAUCACAUUUUAAACAUGUUACCGCACUGUAUUAACCCCUAAUAAAAAUUCUCUUUUUUA